UGGCAGUGAGGCACACACUACAAAAGCACAAAGAAAAACAGGAAAGCUACAAUGAAACACUGCCCAGGAAACAGAAAUGAGAAGUUGCAUCCAACAGCAAGAGACUCAGUAAAAACGGACUUUACAGUUAUUGCUUCCACAUCUAGACAAACGAAAAGAAACAAGCAUGGAUGUGGAUUAUGUUGAAUAUGAAGAUUACACUCCAGGCAAUGACACCGAGAGCAACACCACCACAGCUGAACUACUGAAUUUCAGCAGUUCUCGGUCUGCUGUGACCCAUGUUCUGGUGACAGUCAAUAUCCUUAUAACUGUUAUUGGCCUUGGAGGAAAUUCAUUAGUGAUCUGGAUCUGUGGAUGGAAAAUGAAAAGAACGGUCAUCACCACCUGGUAUAUCAGUCUGGCCAUUUCAGACUUUUUGUUCUGUGCGUUUCUGCCCCUGGAAGUAUUCUACAUGAUAACCUCACAUUGGCCUUUUGGACUGGUCUUGUGCAAAUUGACCUCCUCCGCCCUGUUUCUCAACAUGUACAGCAGUGUGUUUCUGUUGGUUUUGAUCAGCACUGAUCGCUGUAUAAUGAUUUCAUUUCCUGUCUGGUCACAUAACCACCGGACAGUGCGGAAAGCAUUUGGAGUUGUUGUUCUCAUGUGGCUCCUUUCUGCACUCUUAACGUUGCCCUCACUGAUCUUCAGACAAACCAUAGUCCAUGGCUCAGUCACUCAGUGCUACACAGAUUACAAGGGCCAUUCUGGUCACAAGGUAGUGGCACUGACUCGAUUCAUCUGCGGGUUCCUAAUUCCUAUCCUAAUUAUUCUUUACUGCUGCUCUGUGCUUGGUGUGAAGCUUCGAAGUUUGACCAUCAAGUCAACAAAGCCUUACAAGGUCAUGGCGGCACUCAUCUUAUCAUUUUUCUUCUGCUGGGUCCCCUACCAUACCUUUGUGCUUCUAGAAUUAGAUUUGAAGAACCACCGUGUGGAUGUACUUCAAACUGGGCUGAAGGUGGGAGCCACCCUGGCCGCAGCAAACAGCUUCAUAUCCCCAGUUCUAUAUGUCUUCAUUGGUAAUGACUUUAAACAAACUCUAAAGCGGUCUUUGACAUCAAGGAUAGAGGAUGCAAUGGCGGAGGACUUUCGUACAGGUGCUCUCAAUCACUCAAGGUCUAAGUCAAUGGAAAUUAUGUAAAAUGAAACUCAAACCUUUGUCAUCAAUGAUAUGGAGUAUUACAAAGUAUAGAUCAUGAUUAUUGAGCUGGGUGAUAUCAACAAAAUCAUAUGUUAUGGCAUAUUUCAACUCAGAUAAGUAUGGGUUAUACAGUCUACUUAUACAUGUACAGUAUGUAUUGAUGAUUUAUUUAUCAAUGAUAAAACCUCACUCACUUUUAGAGAGUGGAUUGGCCACUGACAUACAUUUUUGUUACUUUCAACUUAAAAAAACUUUACAUUCAGAUAUCUUGUAUUUUUAGAUUGUUUUUAUGUCUGUGAAUGAAUUGCUUUUGUGUUGUUAUGUUUAGGGCUUCAAAUUGCCCCUUGUGGAACAAAUUGAGUUUUUUUAAAUUAAAUUAAAUGUAUUAUUUGCAACACAUUAUAAUUUGGUUGACCUAACUUUAAGUAAAACAUACCUGAAGUGAAACAUUCAUGUGACCAUCGUCUAUGAAUCGUUCUGGAAAAACAAAUGUCUUAAUUAUUAAUCUUGUUAUUUGAAAUUGAUGCUAGCUUAAAAUUUAUGAAGGAAAGUAAACAAAAUACGUACUACAAAUGUAACCCUACUAGCAAGCAGUACUGUUGUGUAUCUUUGUAUUUUCUGUUAUUUUAAUUCAUUAAUAAUAAUUCAUUAAUUCAAAGGCAAAUAAAAAUAUU